AUGGACUGUGAGCCAGCAGGGACUGACCACCAGCAGCACAUCAACGACAACAACGGUGAAGACGACGACGACGACGACUCAACCAACUUCGAGGCCGUCGUGAGGGUUAUGCAGCAAGCACACGAUGAAGGUUACGCACUCUUCAGGACUGCCUUGAACUGUGGCAGCAAGAGGAAUUGCCGAAGAGGAAGAGGAGAAGGUGUGGGUGUUUCCAUCAGCAAUGAUGAUGAGGAUGCUGCUGCUGUUGCUGCUGCUGCUGCUGAUGAUGAGGAACAACACCGCCAUGAGUUAUGCGAGAGUUACAUGAACGUGCAGAAGAAAUAUGAUAACAUCAUUAGAGACCUGCUCUUUAAGAAUAAUAAAUUAAUUGAAGUUUGUAUUUUUCCCGUGGUGUAG